UUCUCAGAAAUUCCACUCUCUGUUUCUCUCUCUCUCUCUCUCUCAAAUUCUCCAUAUCUUGAAACCCCACUGAAUUUCCCUGAAUCUAACCCCUCUUUAGCUCUAGGGUUUCUUUGUCUUAUAAAUUAAAUAUAUUUGCUUUUUACCAUCACUCUCCAUCUUUCACUUUUUCUCAACUCUCUCUUUUUUGUUUCUUUUUUUUUUUGUGGAAAAAAAAGUCUGGUCAAUGGCUGUGCUUCCGGUGAAAGCCUUACCGGUGGGCUAUAGAUUUCGCCCCACGGACGAGGAGCUGAUCGAUCACUAUUUGAGGCUCAAAAUCAAUGGCCGUCACAAAGAAGUCAGUGUUAUUCGUGAAAUUGAUGUUUGUAAAUGGGAGCCCUGGGAUUUGCCUGAUUUGUCUGUGAUAGAGUCUACUGACAAUGAGUGGUUCUUCUUCUGCCCUAAGGAUCGGAAAUAUCAGAAUGGUCAAAGAUUGAACCGGGCAACAGAAAAAGGUUACUGGAAAGCAACUGGUAAGGAUAGAAACAUAACUUCCCGGAAGGGAGCAAAGAUUGGGAUGAAAAAGACUUUAGUUUUCUACACUGGUCGUGCACCUGAUGGCAAGAGGACUAACUGGGUGAUACAUGAAUAUCGUGCUACCGAUAAGUCACUGGAUGGUACCCAUCCUGGUCAGGGUGCCUUUGUGCUGUGCCGCCUGUUUAAAAAGACUGAUCUGAAACAAGAUGAGAUUGCUGAAAGUUCAAACUGCAAUGAAGUUGAAGAGAUUGUCUCUUCUCCUACCAUAGUUAAACCUUCUGCUGACGAAGAACAAUCUGAAUCAGUUACUCCCACUUUUGGUGGCCUGGCUGAAAUGCAACCAUCGAGUGUCGAAAGCUGUCCAAAUUUAAAUUCCGAGCAAGCUAUGGUUGAGGGGGCUCCUGUACCUAUUGAUUGGCAGAGCAAUAGCUGCAUUGCUGAUGAGGUGGAAGACAACAUAUUAGACACAACAUCUAUUCCACCAAAUCCAGAGCUUGAAAAAUUAUUGGGAGAAUUUUGUCCACCCCUGCAAGAGACAUCAGAUUGGAAAAUUUUCUCUCCAUUGCAUUCACAGAUGCAAUCGGAGCUAGGAAAUCAAUACUUGUAUAGCAGCUUUACUGGUGACAUCAACAACAGUCAACACAAUAUCCCUUUUCAAUAUGGAACAAAUGCUUCUGAUAUUAAUGAGUUCUUGGACUCGGUUCUUAUUGAUCCAGAUGAGCAGAGCUUUGGUGGGAUAUAUUCUAUAUCAUCCAUUGAUAGUGCCAAGCACAUUAACAUGCAUCAGUUGGUAAAUGAUGGUAACUCAAAUAGUGAAUCAGAGGGUGAGGUGUCGCAGAGAAAUGUAAAUGUUGAACCAAGUAUUUUACAAUGUGAGUUGAUUGAGGAAAAUAUCAAGCAAGAGUCUCCAUUCCAGAGUGAAGUUACUUCUGAUAUGGCUGCUGUACAACAAAGUGUCAACAAUUCUCAUUUUGGCAAUAAUUAUGGCCAUAGAAGCCUGGAUUUUGCAAAUAACAGUUUCAAAGUACCAAAUGAUUUCACAACUGUUUCUGCUAGCAAUCAGAUCCCGUACCUGUCAAAUAUUGAAGAAGCUGGUGCUUAUAGACCUGCAUUGGGAGACGCCACUUCUGGACCUGGAAUUAAGAUAAGAACUCGUCAGAUUCCAAAUCAAUCUAGCAUCCAAAACUCUGUAGCACAAGGAACUGCUCCUAGAAGAAUUCGCCUGCAGAAGAAAUUUCAAAUUGGACCUGUUGAGUGCCGCCUCCCUAAUGAGUCGACUGACAGUAAAAUAAUCCAUGAAGGAGAGCCGAUUCAGGAUGACAAAGCAACUACUGUGCAUGCUCUUGAUAAAUUGAAGGAAUCAACUUCUGAUGAAGCAAAUAAAGAUGGACAAUCAAAUGAUAUAAGCCCAAGCUUUAAAGCUGAAAGUGAUUUUCUAGAUAAAGAACCUAAAGACGUUCCUUUGUUGAGAUCUGGAUGGACAUCAAGACUUUCAGUUUCAUCGUCUUGUUACAUGCCAAAGCUACUUGUGGCGACCAGUCUCACCAUCAUGCUUGUUGCUGUGUGGUAUUCUAUAUUUUGAAUAAAACUAACUAGAAAGGAACCGUGCUCUUUUUGUAUAGGACUCGAGUGUUUAUGGUCUUUAGCUGGGUAGGUUAACACCCGCGUUAGUUGCUUUUUCUGAAUUUGCUUGAUGCUAUGGAUAUAUAUAUAUAUGUAUGUAUGUAUUCAGAGCAGAAUCAUCUGUACAUGUUAUGUAAUGUUAUUGAAAUCGGGAGGAACUGACUAUGUAGUCUAUAUAUAAUACAUAUUUAGUGACUUUAUAGAGACUUAA